AUGGGACAGCGCAUUCUCGAACAUAUCAGUAACAUCCAAUUCAAUGAAAGAACAGAUGUACAUCGAUGGAAAAUUGAGGAAAAUGGGAAGAUGAUUUCAAGCAAAAUGUGGAAUACCAUCCGGGAGAAGGAGCAAAUAGUAGAUUGGGUUGAUCUGGUCUGGUCAUCAAAAGUCAUCCCCAUCCUAAGACACCAAUUUAUCCUAUGGCUUGCAUUUAAGGAAAUGCUAAACACAAGAGAUCGAGUAAAGAAGUAUAUGGAGAUCCUGGUUACAAGUUGUUUGCUAUAUGAAGGAAAUGAAGAAACAACUGAUCACGUAUUUGGUUGUUUUCCUUUUGCAUCGAAUCUAUAG